AUGUCUGUUCAAGAGAUUGCAAUAAAUAAACAUGCAAUUCUCCCUCCUAUCAUUAGUAAUUGUGAUAAGGAGUUUUUGGAAAGAAUGCAAAGAUAUAUAAUUAUAGAAACUGAAAGAGUGGGCUGUACUGAUGAAGGACCAGCUGAUGAAUAUUUCAUCAUAUACAGAAAUGUAUUUGAUAAGAUAAUAGAGCAUGUCACUGCAUACAAAACUAUUCUUACUUCAAUCAAACAAGAAUAUGAUUCAUUCAUUGAGACAAUAAAGAAGGGUCAAAGAAAUGCGUUUUAUCUUCAUGGAAAGCUGAAAGUUCUGGCAGCAGAGCCCACAACACUGGUAUAUCAUAGGAAAAGAGUAGUCCAACUUGAAGCAAAGAUAAGGGUUAUUGAAGCUAAUUCCUCAAAGAUUCAAAUGCAACUAAAGAAAUUAAGACAAGUUAAGAAAAAGGGCCUUGUAAAAGAAGUAAGCUAUCUCUCAACUACUGUAAAUCCUUCAAGGUCCAUUCCAGGCAUGACCCUAGCAGAAUCUGUCGAUCUAGAUUCUCUUAAUAAAUAUCUUGAUCGUCUUGAAGAAAAAUAUGAAGAAGUUAAACACCAUGUGAUGGCAAAAUACAUCCCACAUGUGAGAAAGGCUGACUUAGAUGAAGAAAAGGUCCGGUCAUUACAGAGGCGAGAUAUAGCUGAAGCACUAAACAACGAAUUACGGUUUCGUCAUAGAAAAACAGAAAUGGUUUUAAGUGCAUUUUCUACCUGGAUACAAUCUGACAUGAGCAUUUCUUUUCAAGACUUCAUAAUCCAACUUAGUAAAACUCAAAAAUUUUUACAAGAUGAUCAAACGCUUGCUGAGGAGUUACUUGAAGAAGACCCGAGCAAGGCUAAGGAAGCUGAACAGUUACUUGACUACAUUGAAAGGUUCAAUGAAUUGUUUGUAAAUGGUGACUAUGAGUCUGCAGCUGUUUUUGCGGUGAACAGUCCUAGAGGAAUUCUUCGAAACACAGGAACAAUGAAGAAAUUUCAGGAUGUUGGUAAAAUUAGAGGGAAAACUCUUCCUUUACUGUUAUUCUUUGAGGCUCUUUUCACUACAAGUCGUGCUGCUAGGAAAUCUGUCAAUGCUCAUUUGACUCUGGAAGGAAUUAAAUGUGGAUUAUCUGAAAACCGAUUGGAUCUAGUUAUGCACUGGGUGACCCAGCAGAGAAUAACAUUUUCUGAAAAAGCUGGGGAUGUAAUUUGCCAAUAUGGGGAACAGAAUCCACACAACAAGUCCAAGUGCCUGGCUUUAGCCCAGAUUAUCUAUACUGAAUGUGGUCUGCAUAAGAAAGCUGUUCUUUGCCUAUGUAAACAAGGUCAGAUUUAUGGAGCCAUGGAAUAUAUACAACAAUUCAAAGACUUUUCUCAUGAUGAUCUUAUGGACAUAAUAAAAAUAUGUCCUCAAGUUGAAUUAAUUAAUUGUCUUACUGGUGAAUGGAAGGGAAAAUCACCAUCUCUGUCUUACUGUCUUAUUGUACUUCAUUUCUUCUCCAUUGGAAUGAAAAAGGCUGGCUUAAGUCUGCUUCAAGAACUAGAUAAAAAUGGGAAGGAGGCAACAGAACGACUUAUGACAACCGAUCCAUUCUGUUCCUUAGAGGAGUGGCAAGAACUGGCGGUUGUGUGUAUCCAGAACGGCUUUUGCAAAUUGUCCAAUGACAUCAUUUCCAUCCUCAGAUCUCAGGAAGGAGUAUCUGAAAUUCCUCCAGAUGGAGAAUUCAACAUAAUGGAACAUGUUUUUUGGUAG